AGCUCAAAGCUCUCUUCAGGUUUUUUUUAUGAACCAAAGAAAAAACAAAACUUUACCGGAGAUGACGACGGAGCAAGCUUUGUUGUCUAUGGAAGCGUUGCCUCUAGUUAGAGUCAUCCCUGAGAUCGAUGUUUGCAAGUGGGAACCAUGGGACUUACCUGGGCUAUCGGUGAUAAAGACGGAUGAUCAAGAAUGGUUCUUUUUUUGUCCUCGUGAUCGGAAAGCUCCUAGAGGAGAGCGUACUAAUUGGAUUAUGCAUGAGUAUCGUGCUACUGAUAAGGAACUAGAUGGUACUGGACCUGGUCAGAAUCCGUAUGUUUUGUGUCGCUUGUUCCACAAGCCUAGUGAUAGUUGUGAUCCUGCAAAUUGUGAGGACAUAGAGAAUGUUAAUUCUACUCCGACCACCAUUAGAUGCUCUCCUGAUGACACAUCUUCUGAAAUGGUCCAAGAAACAGCUGCAUCUGCUGUACAUGCUCUAGAUAGAUCAGAUGACACUGAAAGGUGUUUAAGCGACAAGGGUAAUGAUGUGAAACCUGAUGUUUCAGUUAUUAACAAAACUUCUGUCAAUCAUGCUGAAACUUCUCGCGCCAAAGACCGUGUUUUGGGCAAAAGCUUAGUAGAGGAAAAUCACCUUCUAAGGGACAUUCCAACUCUUUAUGGACCCAUCUUAAGUGAGAAAUCAUAUUAUCCAGGGCAGUCAAGCAUCGGUUUUGCUACGUCACACAUAGAUUCGAUGUAUUCUAGCGAUUUUGGAAACUGUGAUUAUGGGCUACAUUUUCAGGAUGGUGCCUCUGAACAAGAUGCAUCUUUGACAGAUGUCUUGGAUGAGGUAUUCCAUAACCAUAAUGAAUCCUCUAGUGAAAGGAAAGACUUUGCGAUUCCAAAUAUGAUGCAUUGGCCUGGAAAUACAAGACUGUUGUCUACUGAGUACCCAUUUCUCAAAGAUUCCGUUGCUUUUAUUGACGGCGGUGCUGAUGUUUCCGGCCCACAGCACUUUUUUCCUGACAUUUUAGCUUCUAGAUGGGUCAGUGAACACAACCUUGAUAGCAAGGAGGUAGUAGAGAUUCAAUCUUCAUCAGGGUCCUCUCGGACCGUGACGCCACUUCAUAACAACGUGUUUGGGCAAUAUGCUUCAUCGUCUUAUGCAACUAUUGAUCCAUUCAACUAUAAUGUCAACCAGCCCGAACAAUCAUCCGAGCAAAACCAUGUUGACCGCAACAUUAGUCCCAGUAACAUAUCUGGGUUCAAUGCUAGGUCUCAAGAGAAUCAGACAAAUCUUGACUCUGUUGUGGACCAAGGCACUGCUCCUAGACGAAUUCGGCUGCAAAUCGAACAACCAUUGACGCCAGUUAUCAACAAGAAAGAAAGAGAUGCAGACAACUAUGAAGAAGAAGAAGAAGAAGAAGAAGAAGAAGAAGAAGAAGAAGUACAAUCUGCCAUGUCCAAGGUCAUAGAGGAAGAAUCGGCCAAUUUAAGUACUCAGGGGACUGCUCAGAGGAGAAUCCGCCUGCAGACGAGAUUGAGGAAGCCUCUCAUAACCAUAAACAACAGAAAAAGAGACUUAAACUGCAGAGAAGAUGAAGCAGGCCAUAACAAGGAAAAUGAAGGUGUACCAUCAUCAUCAUCAUGGCAAAAACAGAAGAAGCUAAUGAAGAAGAGCUUGGUGCAGUAUAGUAGUAUGGUGAUAAUAGUGGCGGUGAUAGUUGUUUUAGUCGAUGAACACAGGCUACUUGGUCUCCCGCUGGACUCAACAGUAGCUCAAGCAAGAGCAGGAGAUGGCUGGACUUUUAGAGGAGCUUGCUCCAAUAACGCUAAGACUCUCCUAUGUCACCUAUCAUCUGUUCAAAUCUCUGAUGUUAGUGACAGAUUCUUGUGGGCAAGAAACUCAGGGCCGCCUCAAGACCAGUUUAACUUCUCUGAUACUUGGAAGCAGAUAAGGACUCCAAAACCAGAGGUCUCGUGGCAUAAGCAGGUUUGGUUUUCAGGGUCAGUCCCUAAACACUCUUUCACUAUGUGGCUUGGUUGCUUGGACAGAUUAGCAACUCUAUCUAGGCUGCGAUCUUGGGGGGUUGUUGAAGAGGAUACGUGUUUUCUUUGCGAAAUCUACAGCGAGUCAAGAGACCACCUAUUCCUUCGCUGCCCAUACAGAUAUGACAUUUGGAGAUGGGCUUUCAGACAGCUUCACCAACCUUUCAUGGGUUUCAGCACCUGGCCAAGACUCUUAAAUUGGCUCAAUUCCCCUACUCAAGAAGCUUCAAUGGAGCCGCUACGAUUCUUAGUAGCCCAGUCAGUCAUUUACUCAAUCUAGCGUGAAAGAAACGCACGUAUUUUCA